UUUUCCCUGCCCAGCCUGUUCCCUCGCGAGAUCCGGGAGAGUAUAAAGCCAGGCACAGAGCGGUGCCUUGCGGCUGCUGUAAUUGACUUAAUCUGCACUUGAUCGCUUUGUGGGCGCGUUAAGUGGCGUUUGAGGCUCCUACCGGUCCACCCAUCUCAAGAUGUCUGCAGGAAAUGCAUAUAUUGGGAAAUCAGCCCCUUACUUCAAAGCCACAGCUGUGAUGCCAGAUGGGCAGUUCAAAGACAUCAGCCUCUCUGAUUAUAUAGGAAAAUAUGUUGUGUUCUUCUUCUAUCCCCUUGACUUCACCUUUGUUUGUCCAACUGAAAUUAUUGCCUUCAGUGACAGGGCUGAUGAGUUUAAGAAACUUAACUGUCAAGUAAUUGGAGCUUCUGUUGACUCUCACUUCUGUCACCUUGCCUGGGUCAAUACUCCUAAAAAACAGGGUGGAUUGGGUAACAUGAACAUUCCACUGGUUUCUGAUACAAAACGCACCAUUGCUAAAGAGUAUGGCGUAUUAAAAGAAGAUGAAGGUAUUGCAUACAGAGGCCUGUUCAUCAUCGAUGAUAAGGGAAUCUUGCGUCAAAUCACCAUCAAUGAUCUCCCUGUUGGCCGUUCAGUUGAUGAAACUCUCAGAUUAGUCCAGGCUUUCCAGUUUACGGAUAAACAUGGUGAAGUUUGCCCAGCUGGCUGGAAACCUGGGAGUGAAACAAUCAAACCUGAUGUUCAGAAGAGCAAAGAAUUCUUCUCAAAGCAGAAGUAAAUUUGUACUGUCUGUGCUCUACUGUGUUAAUCUGAGGAUAGUCGUGUCUGAAUCCUGGAUAAGAACAGUGUCAAGUGUGUUUUGUAUUUUUUUUGGUUAACUUUCUGGCUAUUUAAAGAUUGUAUACUGUAAGUUAGGAGAAAUCUUGUCAAAUAGCUGACUUGGUGUCAACCAUCCUCUGUACUAGUUUUACUGACCAAUACUUUCAUAUGAAUCCUACUGAUGAAACUCUUGUGCACCACGCCCUUUUGACUUCAGUGACUAUGGCAGUGUAAGCAGUUGGGUCAGUGUUGCAAAUAGAACAGCUGUCUGACAUUUUGCAGCAUUAUUAAACUCGUGGAAAUAAAUGUAUUGUUUUCUCUACACUUCA